GUUCCUUGAUUAAAAUUCGACGUCCAUUCUGGUCCAGACAAUCAAGUUUUCUCCAGAAAUGGCUGCAGCCAUGCUCUCCGUCCGGCCAAACCGCCCGACCCCCACUUCACCCAUCACCAUCCCGCCCGUCCACCUUCCAAACCAACCCCACGCCGCCGUAAAACCCUCCAAAAGAGACCCGUGGAGGGGCGCAAUUCUGUCCUACCGGCGAACCUUGGCCGGACCCAGAAGAGCGGGGUCGCGAGCUGAUGAUUCGGCACCGUUCGAGAUGUCAGUGGAGAACGCUCUUAAGCUUCUCGGAGUCUCUGAAGGAGCAUCUUUUGAUGAUAUUCUUCGCGCCAAGAAAUCCAUCAUUGCAUCUUGUAAGGAUGACGAGAAAGCCGUUGCACAGGUUGAGGCAGCAUAUGACAUGUUGCUUAUGCGGAGUUUAACUCAACGCCGAGCAGGAAAGGUUGUAGACAGAAAUGUCAGAUAUGCAGAUGUUAAACCUGUUAGUGCUCCUGGGAUGAGAUCAGUGACUCGGUGGGCACAGACUACAUUAAAAAACUCACCCAUUUCAAUUGAAGCACCAGCAAUUAGUGAUUUGGGCUUACAAGCAGGAGCAUAUGGAGCUCUGAUGGUUUUGACUUAUGCAAAUGGAGUUUCUACGUCUCCUGGAAUGCCUUAUGCAGGGCCUGAUGUUCCUGGGCUGAUCAUAGCGGGCAGCUUUGGAGCCUCCUUGUACUUCAUGACCAGAAAAAAUGUGAAGCUAGGUAAGGAGUUUUAUGGUGUAUGUUGUUAUCUUUUAACUGUUCUUGCUGUUUAUGUAGGACUCAUAACAUAUGCUAGAACUGGUAAAAAGAGACAUGUUGGAACUGGUUUGAAUUCUCUCACAUGAAUAGGGAGGAUUCCAACCAUGAUACUGUAGUUAGUCAUUCGGCAGCCAGCUUAGACUUUGUGUUUCUUUGCCUCAUAGUAGGAUCUAUCAGAUAGUAUGGUUUAUUUUAUUCACUUCAAUGUUAGAAGUCCUGAUUCUAGUCACAUGACAUGCUUGGAGGUUGGGAUGACAUUGAGUUACGUCCCAUUGAAGAAAGAGGAGGAGGAUUUUAUAUGACAAAGCAAGCCAAGACUUAGACUGCCAUUUUCAUAACCACCAAUUUCAUUUUAAACUCAACUUAGGCCACCAUAUCUGAAGUUACUUGUCAUUCUUCAGGAAAGGCUACCGUGAUAACCAUAGGGGGCCUCGUUGCAGGAGCAGUGGUGGGAUCAGCUGUUGAAAACUGGUUUCAGGUAGACAUUGUCCCAUUUCUGGGCAUACAUUCUCCUGCUGCUGUAAUUACCGAAUUUAUACUAUUCUCUCAAUUCUUAGUCUCAUUGUAUCUAAGGUAGGGUGAGAGAUACUGUAUUUCAAAUCUAAAUUUGUAAAAAGGCCUGUGAUUGUUCAUCGGCAUGACCAUACCCAAGCUUUUUUGGGAUGUGUAUCAUUGCAUAUUGUACAAAACUUGAAAUAAAACCUAGUGUUUUUG